CGAACCGACCCAAAAUAGCAAACGCGAACUACCGCAAAAAUGGGUACCCUCUUCCAGCGAAACAAGAAUACUUCAACGAGCGAUCCUCAAUCACAGGAUAUCGAACUUACUCCCUCUGGCAGCCCUGCCAAACCUGCCGAUGUUCAUCCCGCACACGAGAAGGCCAGUAUCCUCCCCACUCACCGAGUGAAUCACAAUGGCCACAAGGUCACGAAGCACAUAGCUCCAGAGGGUGAGAGUGGCAGGAGAGGAAUACAUCCGCUUCAUUUCUUCAAGAUCUGCUGGUCUUCGACGAGCGAUGCCUCGCGUGCGGUCAACCUCCUGUGGCCCCUCGUGCCAGCCGCCAUCGCCCUUCGAUAUGCCCGAAAGGAUCUCCAUCUGGCAAUAUUCAUACUUAACUAUAUCGCAAUGGUUCCAUGUGCUAAUCUAAUUGGCUUUGCUGGACAGGAGUUGGCUAGGAAGCUGCCCAAAGUGUUUGGCAUAUUGCUGGAAACAACACUUGGAUCUGUGGUCGAGAUUGUCCUCUUCAUGGUCCUCUUGAAGCAUGACCAGUUUCCAGUCAUCCAGGCGGCAGUACUGGGUUCCAUUCUUGCUACACUCCUCCUUUGUCUAGGGAUGUGUUUCGUUGCUGGAGGAAUUCGGCAUCCAGAGCAGGAGUUCGACGAGGUAGUCAGUGAGGUCGGAAGCGGAUUGCUUCUCACAGCUGGACUCGGUCUAUCUGUCCCGACGGCUUUCUUCGUUGCAGUGAACGGCACGGGUCUCGCAACACCGGAUGAACUUCACGACAAAGUCACAAAGCUCUCUCGAGUCGCUUCCAUCUUCCUCAUGAUCGCAUAUCUCAUCUACAUUUGGUUCCAGGCCCACUCUCACCAUGGCAUAUUCGAUGCAAUUUUGGAAGGCGACGAGCACAAAGACAAAGACCGCCAUAUCGACUUAGUGAAACCCAAGCUCACCUUUACAGAAUGUAUCGUGGCACUCACGGUAUCCGUUGCUCUGGUCACAAUCAUAGCAAUCGGCCUCGUGCAGGAGAUACCCUCUAUUGUCGAAUCUCGCCACGUCUCGGAAGCCUUCAUGGGGCUGAUCCUUGUCCCUUUGGUUGAAAAGGCAGCGGAGCACCUCACAGCAGUAGAUGAGGCAUGGGAUGACCAAAUGAACUUUGCUCUGUCCCACGUACUCGGGGCCACAAUCCAGACGGCACUAUUCAAUGCUCCACUCGUUGUCAUUGUUGGUUGGGGCCUUGGGAAGUCUAUGAACCUGCAAUUCGACGUUUUUAAUAUCAUCGUGCUAAUUCUCGCCAUUCUUGUCGUUGGAAACUUCCUGAGGGAUCAGAAGUCAAACUACCUCGAAGGAGCGCUCUGCCUUAUCGUCUACGUCAUUAUUGCUGCUGGAGCAUACUACUUUCCGAAUGCAAAGGCAGAGGAUUCGGGGGCGACUGUUGCAUAGGAGUGUUUGUUUGGAAUGCAAUGAUUUUGCAUGGCCGGCCCGAAUCGCCAACUGGAAUUGAGAAGUACACAUGCAUUGGGGAAACGAUAACCACCGUUCAAUCUUUUCGAGUCAUUUCAGAACUGGUUCUUCGUAUUCCCGCAUUCAAUGGCGGCCAUAAACGGGUUAGAUUUCCAAAAUGAAUAAAGUUUCGAUGAUUUGCAC